AGGGUAGGGAGAGAGGUAUCCCUGCUGAGGCGCAGAACGCACAAAGAAGCGAAGCAGGCCGUGCGCCCCUCUGACCUCCCCCCACCCGGGCCGCCUCCACCAAAGUGAUGAGUUUUGGAAGUGGCAGGGGCGUGGCAUUGGCCGGCCGGGGCUACUCGCUUGGUGGGGGCAGCCAUGCCCGGUCACGCAUUAGGAUAGCAGAGAUGGCCGAGGAGGAGGAGAAGCCGGCUUCUCCUGGCUUGAGGCUCGCACGUUAAGUUUACAUUACACUUCUUAAAGAAAAGAUAAAGAAAUAUUAAAAGAAAAAAAAUUCCAGCCUCGCCUUAGCCUGGCUUCUCCGAGUGGCCUUAGCCCUCCUGGGCUGAGGAGAGGGGGCAGCGCGCUUCAGGUUGGCCAGCCGCGGUCCGAGCUGUUGGCUUAACCAGUCUGAUUGCUGUACGCUGAAUUUGACCAUUUUAAGUAGGAACUGCUGGCUUCAAGAUUCUCAAGGACUGACAAAUGAAGCAUACUCAAGGUUAGGAAUCUGAAGCAAUGGGUGACUGGAGCUUUCUGGGGAGACUAUUAGAGAAUGCGCAAGAACACUCUACGGUGAUUGGCAAAGUUUGGCUGACUGUUCUAUUCAUCUUCCGAAUUCUGGUGCUGGGUGCAGCUGCAGAAGAAGUCUGGGGAGAUGAGCAGUCAGACUUUACCUGUAACACUCAACAGCCAGGUUGUGAAAAUGUCUGCUAUGACAAGGCCUUCCCCAUUUCCCACAUUCGCUUCUGGGUCCUGCAGAUCAUAUUCGUCUCCACACCCACCCUCAUUUAUCUGGGCCAUGUGCUGCACAUCGUACGCAUGGAAGAAAAAAAGAAGGAAAAAGAGGGAGAACAGCUUAAGAAAAACCACCUGCAGGGAGUGGGGGAACUCAGUGGUCCCAACAACCAUAAAGAACCACUAACCAGAAAUGAGGGUACCAGGAUGGAAAAGAAAGAGAAGCCUCCCAUACGAGAUGACCGAGGCAAAGUCCGGAUAGCCGGUGCCCUACUACGCACCUACGUCUUUAACAUUAUCUUCAAGACUCUAUUUGAAGUGGGCUUCAUUGUAGGGCAGUAUUUCCUAUAUGGUUUUGAGCUAAAGCCACUCUACCGCUGUGACCGGUGGCCAUGCCCCAACACUGUGGACUGCUUUAUCUCCAGGCCCACAGAAAAGACCAUCUUCAUUAUUUUCAUGUUAGUGGUGGCUUGUGUGUCUCUCUUGCUCAACAUGCUGGAGAUCUAUCACCUGGGCUGGAAAAAGCUUAAACAGGGUAUGACCAACCAUUAUAACCCAGAUUCUCCCGAAGCCAAAAUCGUUCCCUCAAAAUGUAGCAGCCUCGGCCCACUUCUGCUUUCCUCCCACUCUGCCCCGCCUACCGUUGGAUUCCCCCCUUACUAUACUCAGUCUGCCUCUUCCCUAGGCCAGGCAACCACAGCAGGCUAUCCUGGGGCUCCUCCACAACCCACAGAAUUCAGAAUGGUCACUCUUCCCGAGGAGCACAGUAAGGCAGCCCCGGCUAAAUAUUAUGGGGGCAACCACCAUCACAUCUUAAUGACUGAGCAGAACUGGGCCAACCAGGAGGCAGAACAACAGACUUUUGAAAGGAAGUCAUCCCCACCUGACACCGCCCCUGGUACGCCCACCACCCCCAGCAGUGUCCGGCAGCUCCUACAUGAGCGAGGAGACAGUGGGGGAGGAAGUAAAGUGCCCCUGCUGUUGAUUAAUGGGAGUAGCAGCAGCCUGGGGGCCGCUAAAUCAGAGGUAAACUCUGAGGGGGAGAAACAGCCAGGUACCACCACAGUUGAGAUGCACGCACCUCCCCUGCUUCUCAUUGAUACAAGACGGUUAAGCAAGGCUAGUAAGUCCAGCAGUGGUAGAGCCAGAUCGGAUGACUUAGCCGUCUAACAUUGUUCACUGUCUCUCUCUCCACACUCUUCUCUGAAGAGAAUUUUAAAGUAACCUUUCUUCUAAAAAAAAUUUUUUUUAAAUAAAAUUGAAGUUGAAGCAAGAACCAGAAGAAAGACAGGUCCUAGGUUGGGAGAAGAAAUAAAAUCGCAAAGAGGAGACUAGGUUUCCCUAUGUAAUACCUGCUGUUCUUAACACACUGUGAGUUGUAAUGGACAUAAAGGCAACGUUUUCUGAUAGAAUAAAAGUAACCAGAUCCGACUGUCAGUCUCAAAGAUGUCCAGUUCCAGCAGGCAAAGGCUUUGUAACCCGAGCAGAAUUUACAAAUUAGUUCGCACACUGCCUACAGAUUCUUCUUAUUUCUUAAGCAUUUAUAUAAUGCCUACUCUGCCAGCCACUGUGCCAAGUGCUGUGCAAAUAUUGUCUCAUUUGA